CGGCCAUCGGCCUCCCAGCGCGGACGGAGAGGGCGCCCUGGGAGAGGCGCGGGCAGAGCUGCAGCGGUGAGCCGGGCCCCGAAGGGAGGCGCAGCGCCUCCCGCCGGACGCAUGGAGCACAGUCUCCUGCGAGGAUGCGCCGCCUGAGCGCGCGAGCGGCCGGGGUCCCAGGCGGACGCGACCGGUGCUGAGAGGAAAAAAAAAAACAUUCCGGACUUCGGACGGCGCUUCCGGACCCAGGGAUCGCCCUCACCGACAGCUCCCCUUCCCACACGAAAAAAGGCAUCGGCCCCCUAGGGGGGCCUUCCUCCGGCAAUAAGCGCUCCAGCAUGGCCGCCACCCGCAGAUCGGAGCGUCGUGGCCUCUGAGACUUGGUGCCCUUCGCCUGCCUGGCUGACACGGAAUCCUGCUGCAGAGCGUGCCCCACCCGGGGCUCCCAGCUCAGCCAUGCUGGCCUGUCUGCAGAGGACGCAGAACCCACCCGGCCAGCACCUGACCUGUCCAAGCAAGAGCCUGGAGCUGCGCAAGUGUGAGUCGGUGGCCAGCUCUAUGCCUUCCUCCCGCUACCCAAGCCCAGCCGAGCUGGACGCGUAUGCCGAGAAGGUGGCCAACAGCCCCCUGUCCAUCAAGAUCUUCCCCACCAACAUCCGAGUGCCGCAGCACAAGCACUUGAGCCGCACGGUCAACGGCUAUGACACCAGCGGCCAGCGUUAUAACCCCUACCCUCAGCACACCACUGGCUACCAGGGCCUGCUGGCCAUCGUCAAGGCUGCGGUCUCCUCCACUGCCGCCGCGCCUGCCGGGCACACCAAGAGCGUGCUCAAGAGCGUGGAGGGCAAGCGGACCAAACUGUCGCCGGCCACCGUGCAGGUGGGCAUUGCACCCUACCCAGUGCCUAGCACCCUGGGGCCCUUGGCCUACCCGAAGCCACCCGAGGCACCUGCACCACCGCCUAACCUGCCUGCGGCAGCCACUGCCACCUCUGUGAUCCCUCUGCCGGGCCGGGGCCUGCCCCUGCCCCCCUCAAACCUACCCUCCAUCCAUAGCAUCCUAUACCAGCUCAACCAGCAGUGCCAGGCCCCAGGUGCCGCACCGAGCGCCUGUCAGGGCGUGGCCGUGCCCCACCCCAGUCCAGCCAAGCACGGCCCGGUGCCUAGUUUUCCUAGAGUGGCUUACUCGGCCACAGCCGGUCUGCCAGACUGCCGGAAGGGCACAGAACUGAGCCAAGGAGCCACACCAGCCCUGACACUGGCUGGGGCCACCAAACCUGCAGGGUACUCGGAAGGCGGCCUGGAUUACCUGCUGUGGCCACAGAAGCCACCCCCGCCCCCACCCCAGCCGCUGCGGGCCUACGGUAGCAGCACCGUCGCCAGCAAGUCCCCAGAGACUUGCGGCGGGAGGGCAUUCGAGAGGGCCAACGGGUCGCCCCACAACUGCGGCAUGGGGCUACCCGGCGGCUUUACCGUGGGCCAGUACUUCGCCGCCCCUUGGAACAGUGUUCUGGUGACGCCUACUAGUGACUGUUACAAUGCAGCCGCUGCUGCCGCCGCCGUAGUGACAGAGCUGGGGCCAGGAGCCGCCCGGGAGCUAGCCGGGCCUCCUGUUGACACGCUCUCAGGCCUGACCAGCAAGAGCGUGUGUAACACAGCGGUACUGAGCAGCAGUCUCCAGUCGCUGGAGUAUCUCAUCAACGACAUCCGGCCACCCUGCAUCAAGGAACAGAUGCUAGGCAAGGGCUACGAGACGGUGGCCGUGCCCCGGCUGCUGGACCACCAGCACGCCCACAUCCGCCUACCUGUCUACAGAUAAGGUCUGCCCUGCGGGCACGUGGACAGAUGGACAGGGUGCAGGCGGUGGCAGGCCAUAGCACUGGGCAGGGAGCUCGCAGGGCGCCCCGCCCGC